GCUACAAUGUCGAACGAUCGGCCUGCAUUUUCUUGUCUGCGUAGAUAUGCAACACAAAAAUAAUGAUAUGAAGUAACUGUCAUUACGUCUGCAAUCAAGUGCCCGGUUUUUGUAUCAACCAUGCCACGGGCAACUCCAUCUGCUAACUUCACCUGUCACUGACAUGGAUGUAUAUUAGCAUGGAAGCAUGCUAACGUUAACGGCCUGUAGCUAACUAGCGUGCUACCCCGGGAUCAUCAUUGAUUAACUGCAUCUCUGUCUAAGCUUAACUAGCUUGUUGGGUGCUUGGCUUUCAGUUAUUGCGAACUACAACACUGCAAGCUGCUCCUUUUUAUAUAUAAUUCUGAAUAUGACAUUUGAAAUCUGGCUAUGUAUGUACAGUAAAGACUACCGUUGCUCAGAACUUGGUUAGAAGGCCAUUUAACAAUUGCUGUGUUUGCAUGCCAACGUCAAUGCAAUGAAGAUAUGCGGGCUAGUGAUGUCGCACUUAGGUUUUGGAAUGUGGGGUGUGUGAGGAUGUCUUCUCUCUCCAAGGAGACAAGGUUCCGCGGCUACUGCUCUGUGGUCACACAGUUUGCCAUGACUGUCUAACCCGGCUGCCCCUGCAUGGCAGAGCCGUUCGUUGCCCCUUUGACAGACAGGUCACUGAAAUGGGGGACUCUGGUGUGUGGGGUCUGAAGAAGAACUUUGCACUUCUCGAGCUUCUGGAGAGGCUGCAGAAUGGUGCAUCCAACCAAUCGGGCAUAGCAGAGGACGCCCUCAAAGGCAUGGGUGAGAGUGUCAUUCGCUGCGAUGAGGACGAGAGCCACACAGCCACGAUGUACUGCACGGUUUGCGCCACCCACUUGUGCGCCGACUGCUCGCAGCUCACCCACUCCACCCGCACCCUGGCCAAACACCGGCGGGUGCCCCUGGCGGACAAGCCCCAUGAGAAGACGCUGUGUCCGCAGCACCAGGUCCAUGCCAUCGAGUUUGUCUGCCAGGAGGAGAUCUGCCAGCCCGGGCCCCUCAUGUGCUGUGUGUGUAAAGAGUACGGCAAGCAUCAGGGACACAAGCACGCGGUCCUGGAAGCAGAAGCCAAUCAGAUCCGUGCCUCCAUCCUGGACAUGGCCCACUGCAUCCGUACGUUCACGGAGGAGGUGUCGGAGUACUCCCGGAAGCUGGUCGGGAUCGUGCAGCAGAUCGAAGGAGGAGAACAGAUCGUGGAGGACGGCCUCGGCAUGACCCACACGGAACAUUCGUUUGUGGGUGUUCCCCAGGUCCCAGGCACUGCAGAGAGUGCGCGGUCCUGCGUACGGGCGUACUUUGCCGACCUCCACGAGACUCUGUGCCGACAGGAGGAGAUGGCGCUCAGUGUGGUAGAUGCCCACGUCAGGGAGCGACUCAUCUGGCUCCGUCAGCAACAGGAGGACAUGACCAUUCUGCUUUCCCAGGUCUCCACGGCCUGCCUGCACUGUGAGAAGACGCUGCAGCAGGAUGACUGCAGGGUGGUCCUGGCCAAGCAGGAGAUCAACAGAAGGUUGGAGACUCUGCAGAAACAGCAGCAGCAGUUCACUGAACUGGCUGACCACAUCCAGCUAGACGCUGGUAUCCCCGUCACAUUCACUAAGGACAACCGGGUCCACAUCGGCCCUAAGAUGGAGAUCCGAGUGGUGACCCUGGGACUAGACUGUGCAGGGAAAACCACCAUCCUCUUCAAGCUGAAACAGGACGAGUUUAUGCAGCCAAUCCCCACCAUAGGUUUUAAUGUGGAGACUGUGGAGUACAAGAAUCUCAAGUUCACCAUUUGGGACGUUGGUGGGAAACAUAAGCUACGGCCUCUAUGGAAGCAUUAUUAUCUGAACACACAAGCGGUGGUGUUUGUGAUUGACAGCUGUCACAGAGACAGGCUGAUGGAGGCCCACAGUGAACUGGCCAAACUGCUGACGGAGAAAGAGCUUAGAGAUGCCUUGCUGCUCAUCUUCGCUAACAAACAGGAUGUCCCGGGGGCGGUGUCAGUGGAGGAGAUGACAGAGCUGCUGAGCCUCCAUAAGCUGUGCUGUGGGAGGAGCUGGCACAUCCAGGGCUGUGACGCCCGCAGCGGAGCAGGGCUCCAUGAGGGCCUGGACUGGCUGUCCCGACAGCUGGUGGCUGCUGGCGUGCUGGAUGUGGCCUAAACCUCCACCUUCCCUUCCUGCGCGAGCUGGACCAGGCCUAGACUGCCCCUUCCUGCGCGGGCUGGACCAGGCCUAGACUGCCCCUUCCUGCGCGGGCUGGACCAGGCCUAGACUGCCCCUUCCUGCGCGGGCUGGACCAGGCCUAGACUGCCCCUUCCUGCCCGGGCUGGACCAGGCCUAGACUGCCCCUUCCUGCCCGGGCUGGACCAGGCCUAGACUGCCCCUUCCUGCGCGGGCUGGACCAGGCCUAGACUGCCCCUUCCUGCGCGGGCUGGACCAGGCCUAGACUGCCCCUUCCUGCGCGGGCUGGACCAGGCCUAGACUGCCCCUUCCUGCACGGGCUGGACCAGGCCUAGACUGCCCCUUCCUGCAGGGCUGGACCAGGCCUAGACUGCCCCUUCCUGCAGGGCUGGACCAGGCCUAGACUGCCCCUUCCUGCAGGGCUGGACCAGGCCUAGACUGCCCCUUCCUGCAGGGCUGGACCAGGCCUAGACUGCCCCUUCCUGCAGGGUGGAUGUGGCAUAACCCUCCACUAAUGACUGACUCCUGUUACCCCGUAACCCCUUCACACCCUGGAGGUCAGAACUACCAUAACCCCUUUAUACCCAGAACUACCCCUUCAUAUCAUGGAGGCCAGUUUCACCACAACACCUAUGGAUCUAAAACCUAAUCUCUUACCUGAUGAUGGACUUUCAAUAGACAUGGCCAUAAAGUCAUACCCCUUAUCGACAUCCCAGUUCCACCCAAAUCCCAUACCCUUCUCCCCAUAUUCUGGCUCUAAUACUGCUCCAUACCCAUCCAUACCAGAUCACUUAUCCUUCACCCGUUCUCCAUACCACUCCAGCCUUUCCCAUCCAUAACCUGCGGAUUCGCUUCUAACCCCUGGCCAAUUAACUCAUUGUUAGUCCUACCGCUUUGAGCUGUGCUCUCUUGUGGCUAUUAUUAAGGUGAACUAACAGUCUGGUACAGGUGAUAGAAAUCCUUUCAAGCUUAUUAAACUCCCAUGUCAUAGCAGAUGUUUCCGUUUGCUUAACUCAUUGGACAGGUUGCAGUUUGAUCUACUAGGCUGAGUUGAAGUAAUUGACUAGAAAUGUGACUUAUUCUGUGCCCAAACAGAGUGAAUAGUAUCCAUGGUCUUACAUCUUAUCUAUUAGCAGUUAAUAACCAAUAAUAACCAAUAAUCUGUUCAGUCUUGUGCAAAAUAUAUAUGCCGGGACGGCACAUGCAUGUUGCCAACUGUCCCCCAUUUAACAUCUCCCCCAGAAUCAGAUGUAUUCUCUAUUUCCAAUCCAUACUAAAGCAUUCAUUUAUACCCUAUAUAAAGAAUGUUAAACAUACAGGUCAGUACAUUCACACCUCAAUUAUUUAAGUCCAUUUUAGUUUACAGGACUAAGCGCGUGUGUGUACACAUCUUGUGGCUAUUCCACUCAUUAGGGCUUCACACAAUGGUAUUUAACUACUGGUCCCAUUUCCUGAUUGCAAUAUGGCACUGCAUUCAUGUCAGGUGUUAAUAAGUAUUGAAUACGUUAAUGGAAGUGUAGCAUCUGUUUUGGUAUUAGAGCACUUGUUGCAUUACAUUAUCAUGAGUCAUGUCAAAUGACACCACAGUAGAGAUUCGGGUUCAGCUAUUAUUUACAUUGGUUUAAAGGUUAUUGGUUACUAUAUAAACUGAGUUUACUGGAAAGGGCUUUUUGUUGGGGUUAUAAACUAUCGUGGCCUGUAGAAAUAUUUUAGAAGAGGUGGGAGACGUGAGCAGUGUUUGAAAUAUAAAAUCUUUCCAUCUCUGGUUCUGUGGUCUCUUGCUAUAGAAUGCAUCAGAUUGCUGACGUAGAUCUGGCUUGUGUUCACUGGGGUGCAAUGCUGAACUACGACCCUGUAGACUUAAAGCUGACAUCAUUGCUUCAUCUGACGGACUGGACAAUCUAAACAUAUUUCCAUUUGGAUAUUCCCUAAUCUGACCCUGGAUUCAUUUAAAACCAAAUGCAAAAUACUUCUGCUGUUAACUGUAUGACGUUUGAAUACUUUCAUUGCAAAAAGAACUGUUACUCUCCACAAAUGUGAUUGAAUUCUGUUUGUUAGGUCAUCUAUAUAAGCUCAUGUGUCUGGAGUGCUGAGUGACAUUAAGUUCAGUUAGGUUCAAUAACAAUUCCUUGGUUACCUCAUCAAGGAACCCUCCUAUGGUUUGUUAGUUUUCCUCACUGCUAUUUAAUGUAUAUUUCCAUGUAAAAAAGAGAACGCAUGUCAAGAAGCCUUCCCCUCUUCUUAAAAAGCAUCUCUCUAAUUGUGAAACCUUCUGUUUCAGAUGUGUGUUUUUUGAAACAUUUAGAAGUACAGUGCCCACAUCCACACAUUUGUUACUGGUGGAAUUGAUAAUGGCUUUUGUAAAUCAUUCAUAUUUAAUGUGACGCUAUUAAAUAAAAACAAACCAA